AGUAUCCAUUUCAUUUAUAUUAAUUAAAAUAUUAACUUGAUUUUUAAUUUAAUUAGUAUUCAUGCUAGUAAAUAUUUCAAUGCAGAUAGUGUUGAAAUUUCACAGAAAUUGUAUGAAGUGUAUCUAUUAUCUAUGGCUAAUAAUUAAACUUAACCUAUAAAAAUAUAAAAUUAACCUUAAUGUUACAGUGCAAAUGUGGUGUCGUAUGAAUAUAAGUUAGUUAAUUUUUAUGUUUUAGAAGUUUCAUAAGAACAAUGAGUACAUCACUUGCAGAACAACUGCAAAGGCUUGCGGUUCCUCAAACGUCUGCAAUUAUUAGAGGUAAAAAGCGCGCUUCUUUAUUAUUUGACCCUUCAGAAGCUGCAAAUCUAAAUAGAGAAACUGUAUAUCAAAUUGGCAUUGAUGGUUUUGAAGAACUUAAAAAUAAAAAUGCGGCUUUUGUUCAGUUUGAAUCUACCCUAUUUCAUCCUGCUUCAAAAGACUUUGAACGUUCAGUUCAAAAUGCUGAUACCAAUAAAAGACUGGAUAAGAAUAUUAGGAAGUUUUUGAUACUUUUGUCUCCAUAUUUUCUCUUAAAUAGUUCACACAAAGCACUGGAGUGGCUUAUAUAUCGUUAUCACAUACAUGAAUACAACAAAGAGGAUAUACUAAUGUUGAUACUUCCAUAUCAUGAAACAAACAUAUUUGUUAGAGUUUUACAAUUACUUAAACUCAAAGAAUCUAAUGACAAAUGGCGUUGGCUACGUCCACUGCAAAAACGUGGGAUACAUCUUACCAAACAAUCACUUUUUAAUCAUGCAGGAAGUGACCCUCAUUUUAUAAAGUUUUUAUCUGAUUUUGUUCUGACUGCAGUGGCUGUUCAUGAAAAGCCUUCCAGUUUGAUCACAAUUUUUAACUUUUAUUGCAUUGUAUUCACUGGAGCUAUUGAAUAUACUAAAAUUUUACAAGAAACUCAUAUUUCAUUUAUGUUGCCAGUCUUACUGAAAGGAAUAUCCUCACAGGUAUCAGAUUUUUUGGCUGCAUCUCUUAUUAUCUUAGCCAGAUUGGCUGCAAAGACAAUUCUGUCAGAAAAGAUCUUAACUCUGAUUGUGAGAAAACUGACAAAAAUUGAAAUUUUGAGGAAUGAAGUGGUCUUGACAUUAGUAAUUAUUUAUCAAAAACAAACUCAUUAUAAGGAGGUUUCCAUGGGUGCUUUGGAACAUGUGAUUCAUAAGAAGUGGUUUCCAAAAACCUUACAAGAGUUUAAUGAUCUUGGUUAUAACAUCACCCCUUUGUUAUUACCACUUCUUCAGGCAUCAAUAAGGGAAUUUUUGUUCAAUGAUGAUAAAGAACAGUGCAUUGUUUUUGUGGAUAGCAUUCUUUCUGAAAUUAAAAUGGAUGAGCAAUUAAUCAAAGAGUCAAUUGGAAUUAUCUUCGAGUUAUGCAACAGUAAGUUUAAAUACUCAGAAAAAAUAAAGGAUUGGAUAAAGAAAUAUGUUAAGACUUUAGAGAGACAGUACCCAUAUGACUAUGAUAAUGUCAUAAAGGAAUUAAUGACCAAUUCAACAAAAUUCUCCACAAAACAACAUAAAGGAUUUCGUAAGAUUAUGAAAAUUGCAAUGGAAGACUCUUAUGACUUCUUUGAAAAACUUUAUCAUCCUGAUCCUCACACAAGAAUCGAAGCAAUUAAGCAUUUAGUAAAUAAUAAUAAUCUUGAAAAUAGAGAAAAAAAUCUUAUAGGAAGCCUGAUUAUUGAUAGACUUAAAGAUGAAGAUGUUGGUGUUGUAUAUGAAACAUUGCAAUCAUUUAAGGAUACAUUACCAGACAUCAUUGGUGUAAACAAUUUUAGAGAUAUAAUGUUCAAGUUGCUCAUUAAAUGUCAAAAAGAAAAGGAUGUUUGGUGGAAAAUAUCUUCAAUUAUUUUUGAUGUAUUUUCUCAACACAGCAAUACUUCUGAUUUGGAAGCAUUAUUGGUAAUUUUACCAUUUCUUUUACCUGCUGAAAGUGAUGAAGUAAAAAUUGCAAAGGAAAUUGUUUGUUCAGAAUAUGGAAGAAAAUUGAGUUUUAUUAGUCCAUUUAUUAAAGAAUUUUCCAAAGCAGAAAGUUACGAGAUGUUUUCAGAAAUUACAAUGAAGGCUCUUGGUUCGUGGGGCGCUUCUAUGGAUAUAAACACAAUAAUUCAUGCAUUAAAUGAAUUUCCUUCAGAAUACAGAGAUGCUUUACACAAAUAUAUCGCAUCAUUAGUGAUAAGUUACACUCUACAAGAAAAUACCGCUCCUGAUAUAAGUUGCUUAUUAAUAGAAAUAUUUCAAAAUUAUUUGAACACCUCUGAAAUUCAUGUCAGCAAGGAAAAGUUGAAAUUUACUGACCAUAUAAUGUUGGCUAGGGAGAAUAACCUUUCAUUAGAAGCAUUUUUAUUUUGCAUUGAGCAAGUAAUUUCUAAAACUGAAAAACCUGCAAAGAAGCUUGGAUGGGUAGACUUUAUGGAAAAUGUGGAAGAUAAUGUAUUCUAUUUGAAAUUAUUUAAAAUUUUACUGGAGGGCAAUGGUUCAAAUCACAAAGGCAUUAGUUCUACUUACAAAAAUACAUUGAAUGUUUUUGUAAAUCAUAUAUGUGGCAAUAUUUUGUUAAAAACUGAAUUUUAUUUAAAUGUUUCAGUUUGUUACAACGAACAAAUUGAGGAACACUUUCAAGUGAUGUGUUUGAAAGCAAUUAAGGGUUUUUUAGGAAAAACCACUCAGCAAUUAAAUGAGUUGAUUACCUUUGAUUCACUUGUUGUGCCUUAUCUUAUGGUCGCCUUGAGUAAAACUAAUUCAGAAAUUCGUGAAUUAACUUUUAGAAUAAUAAAAUUAAUAUUAGAAAAGACGUCAAGGGGAAACACUAGCAGUUUUUUACAAUUUUUAAAUCAUAUUCUUACUGGAGAGGAAGAAAUAUUAAUGGACAGUGAACAACUUCCUUUAAUAGUGUACAAUAUUUUCUCAGAAAAUAAUAGCCAGAGCUUACAAGAAGUGCUAGAUGUUCUAUUCACAAUUUCCAGCUCUCCUCUGUAUCCAGUAUACUUAUCUUCUGGUAUCUUGAAACUUCUCGCUUUCAUUAACGAUUUCAACAGAUUUAGUAAAACUUCAGAAUUAGCAAUGGAAAUUUUUGUUGGUUCAAAUAAAAGGAACUACAAUUUUCCCGAAUCAGAAAUAAUUUAUAGGAAUAUUCUUCGGUUUGACGCAACAGUUUCUGAACAUGUCACUCUAACUUCAAAGCCUUGGCAAAUGAUAACUUUACUCAUUAGAAACGACCAAACUAAUAUCGCAUUAGGGAAGACAAAGAAUACAUCACCUGCAGUACUCUUGUUGAAUCAAAUAGACGAAACAAUUUUUGAAAAGUUAAACAGUGACGUGAAAAAAGCACUUCUAUCGUCCAUAAUCAAACUCAAAACUUUUUCUCAAAAUCCUGAAGUUUUACAGUCUGCAAGUCGAACUUUUAAAAGAAUACAUCUUGAUGCGAGUAUUAUACUCGACUUUCUAGUGAAAAUGAAAGACACAACAUCCCCUAAAUUAAAUGAAAGUAAGAAAAAGAGACGAAUAAGUAUCAUCCCUACUGUUGACAUUCUGGAUACUUUUGAAUGGAAAGAAGGCAUCACAGUGCUCGAAAUACUUCAAGAGAAAAAAAAACUUACUAAUUAUAUUCAUUUACUUCCAGUUUUGUUUGAAUUAUUAAAGAAAUGCCUUGAUUUUGAUGAGCAGUCAAAUGUAGAAUAUGCAAAGCAAUUGAUACUGUCGACCAUCCUUCAUUUGUGUAGUAAAAGUGAGACAGAGGCAGAAAAAAUGCCUGAAAAUGUGUUUAACAUGGAGCUAGUUGUUCAGUGCAUAAGAGCGUCCCAAAACCCUCAGACUCAUCAUCACGCUCUUUUGCUUCUUUCGUACGCGGCAUCUGUGGUUCCUGAUCAGGUUCUUCAUCAUAUAAUUGCCGUUUUCACUUUUAUGGGAUCGUCUGUUCUGAGACACGAUGAUGCUUACAGCUUUCAAAUAAUAUCAAAAAUAAUUGAUACCAUUGUUCCAUUACUGAUUGCCGAUAACUCUCAGGAAUGUAUUGCGAAAGUUUUGCGCGUUUUUGUCGACGCCAUUCUUGAUAUUCCGGAACAUCGUAGAAUGCCUUUAUUUAAACAGUUACUAUCUCGACUUGACACCAAAAGUAGUCUUUACGUGCUAUUACUUCUAAUUUUCGAAGCCCAUGUUCUUCACGGUCAUUCAGAAAAAUCUAAACCUAAAGGAAAUAGAUUAUUAACGGAAGCUGGUAACAUUCAAAAACGUUUAGAUAUUGCCAUGCAUAUAUGUGGACUAUUCUCUCCUGAAAUCCUUCUAUCUACAUGUAUAAAAUUAUUGGAAUAUCUCCGGAAACAACCUGACGACAAAGAAGAGGCCAUGGAAUCUGACGUUGAAAGUUGUACUUUUGAUAUAAACCGUUAUAGUGCGAAACAGUUUCGACAUUACAAAUACACUUUGGUUGUUUUUGUAUCAAAUCUUUUAUCUUCUCGUGAAUUUGUCGAAAAAGUUGCUUCAUUACCUGACGAUGAUCUUUUAAAACUAGAAGAUCUUUAUAAGACCGCAAUUGUUAAUAUUUUAACAUACAUUCAACACACAAUGAAAGUUGCAGAGAAAAAUGUUAAUUCUCCUCAAGCCCAGUAUUGGAAGGUCAUGUUACACCACUGUUAUGAUAUUCUUGAUAGUUUGAAUGCUCUUUUGACUCCUCAAAUGUUCCUUUUAGUGAUAAGAGGUUUAAUGGAGCAUACUAUAUCGGUGUUACGAAGAAGAGCUUUAGAAUUAUUGAACACAAAGCUGCAAAAUAAUAUAGAAUUCUUUAGCGAGUGUGAUGAGUCAGAAUUACAAGCAGUAAUACCACCGUUACUUAAUAUAAUCAAAUUAAUCGAAGAUGAUGACAAAAUAGAGCCUGAUAUUGAACUUUUAAUUCAAACUGCAUUAUUGUCAUUGAAACUUUUGGUGCGCCUCUUAGCACCUAAAAACCCAGAAAAGUUUUUGUACAUUUUAGGCUUUGUCACAGAUUUAGUGAAAGCUAGGAAGGCACAGGAUAAUGUACUCGCGUCUAUCGUAUUGUGUCUUGCAGAAUUAUGCGCAAACCUUCGAGCACAUACGAUAUCUAGUUUGAAUAAAUUUAUGCCGGCUCUAAUCAAGAUUUUAAAAACACAGAAAACUAAAGAAAUGCCAACAUUACUACUCCUGAGUGUACUUACAGCGCUUCAAAAGAUUUUAGAUAGUUUACCUCUUUUUCUGAGCCCUUAUUUGGAAAAACUUUUAUGCGCAGUUUCAUCAUUAGCUUGCAGCUGGAAUGCAGAAACGAAGAAUGAGAAAUUGACCCCGUUUAUAAACAAAAUAACGAGCAUAACUCAUAAAAUAGGAACUGCGAUUCCUUCUCGGGUUCUUAUCCCAGCUGUAGAAAGCUCUUACAAUAAUUUGAUAAAUAAAAGUGACUAUAAGGCAGUUCAACCUUUGAUGAACGUCUUUUCCGAAAAUAUAAGCCAGCUUAAAGGAAUUGAUUUACAGGCGCACAUACAAGAACUUAUUUCGUUCUUCUUAAAUUCAUUACAGUUUAGAGCAAACGUGGAAAUUAAUUAUUCUGAUGCUAAUGAAGUCGAAGGUUAUCUCGUAAAAGCGUUAAUCACGUUAAUAUUGAAACUAUCAGAGUCAUCAUUUAGGCCCUUUUAUUACAAGUUGUAUGACUGGGCUGUUCGUACAGACGCUAAAACUGAACGUGUUAUCACGUUCUACCAUCUCUCUUAUGAAAUUGCUAAUUCAUUAAAGGGUUUAUUCGUGCUUUUUGCUGGCCAUUUCUUGAACAACGCCGCCAAUCUUUUGGAUGCUUGUAAUGUGAUAAAACAAAAAGAAUUGUACUUUGAGAAUGAGGAACAAAAUGUUUUACUUGUGGAGAACAUAUUAAAGACUUUAAAUGCCGUUUUUUUGUACGACACUCAAAGAUUCGUGAAUAAGGAGAGGUAUGACGUUUUGAUGCAACCAAUUGUAGACCAAUUGGAAAAUACUCUUGGAGGUGUGGAUUCUUUGGAAAAAAGGGCCCAGAACCUUUUGAGUCCUUGCAUUGUAAAUUUUGUCGUAGCCGUAGGAGAUGAUGCUUUGUGGAAGCAAGUGAACUACCAAAUAAUGUUAAAAACUAGGCACAGUGACUGGAAAGUGCGUUUGGCAGCAUUGGACUGUUUGCUUCAAAUAGUAAGAAAAGUUGGUGAAGAUUUCCUGCCACUGUUACCAGAAACUAUUCCAUUCUUAGCCGAACUUUUGGAAGAUGAUGAAGAAAAUGUUGAAAAGACUUGCAGAAGAACUGUUCAAGAAAUAGAAAAAAUUGUUGGGGAACCAUUGCAGAAAUAUUUUUAAAAUUUGUAAAUGUAAUUAUUUCUUAUAAGCCUAAACUAAAAUGCCUCAAAUAAAGAGCAAGUUAUUUUU